CAGGCGUGUGGAACUAGAAUGAUGGUUGUCUCUGGGUGAAUUUUACCUAGAUAGCAAGGAACCAUGUCGAACCGGGCCAUUGCGUUCUUGGCGAAAGCUGGGUUUCAACCAAAUGGCGAGAAGAUCAAACCCCAACAGCCUCCCACCCAACGUAUCAGCCUGGGUGACUUACUGAGGCCAAGAGUGACUGCGAAGCCUCCUCAGUUGCCAAGAAAUGAAGAGCCCUCCGAAAAGCGAGCACGGAUAGCGACCUGGGCUAGUGAAACAACUGCGGUACGAAGAAACUUAUGCAGAGAGAAUGCAUUCCAGAUGGGCGUAAAGGCACCUCAACCUUUUCUUUUCCAUCCAGCUUAUGAGGACCAAGGUGGCUCAUCUGCACAACAAAGCGAUAAAGAAGUUGCGGAGGGCAAAACCAAUUCUACAAAAUCAGAAAAUGCAUUUGUUCACACACCUCCACCUAGUCCUUCCCGUUCAGCUUUGAAACAUGACCAUGAUUCACCUACUCGACAAAUGGAGACAGAAGCUGCUGUAGCCAAAGGCAACCCUACAUUAGAGAAUGCAUGUGUUCAAACACCUCAACCUAGUCCUUCCCGUUCAGCUUUGAAACAUCACGAUGGUUCACCUACUCGACAAAUGGAGACAGAAGCUGCUGUAGCCAAAGGCAACCCUACAUUAGAGAAUGCAUGUGUUCAAACACCUCAACCUAGUCCUUCCCGUUCAGCUUUGAAACAUCACGAUGGUUCACCUACUCGACAAAUAGAGACAGAAUCUUCUGAAGCCAAAGGCAACCCUACAUUAGCUUUGAAACAUCAGGAUGGUUCACCUACUCAAACAACGGAGACAGGAGCUUCUGUAGCAAUAGACAACCCUAUAUUAGAGAAUACAUUCUGUGGUGGUCAACUCAAAACAUCUCACCCAAGUUGUUCCCAGCCACUGUUGAAGAACAACCAUGGUUUGCCCGUUCACUCUAGUCCAGAUCGUGGGGAGAUAUCACUAACUCAAGCUGAAGUAAACAAUUCAUCAGAGAAUGCUUUUAAUAUUACAAAAAGUACAUCACAACAAAAUGAUUCUGUAAUUUUUAGAGAUGUAUUUCCUUCUUCUGCAACAGAUGCCAGUGAGAGAACUGUGUCUCUCUUUUCUUUCAACAAUGUACCCAUUGAAAUGGAGAUCAAUUUAAAUGCUAUUGUUGAAGUGGUAGAAGAUGAUCAUUAUAAAUCCUUCAAUAGUAUAAAUAAUGUGAAAGAAGUUGUUGCCCCAAGGCAAAAUUCAAAUGACAUUCUUAUGAUUGAGAAUAUCCUUCAUGAGGACACGAAUGACACAUUUAUGUCUGGUGUAUUUGACAAUACUUCCGAUAAAGGAAACAUCCAAGAACAGGAACCAGGACCAAAUCGAGAUCAAUUUGAAAGUAAUUCUUCAGUCAAGUCUUUCAAUAGCUUAAAUGUGGAAGAAGUUGUUGCUCCAAGGCAGAAUGAAAAUGACAUUUUGAUAAAUGAGAACAUCCUUAAUGACGAGAACACCAAUGACUCUGAUAUAAUUGACGAGGCCUCAGAUCAAGAAAUAAUAGAAGAUCAGGAACCAGAACCAAACCAAGAUCCAACGCCAGAGAAUGUAAAGAAAAGGACACGAAAGAGACAGAGAAAACCAGAUACAUGGCUAGUUAAUAUCAAAAAGCAAAAACGUCAAGCUGGAGAAGAGUAUGUAAACAAGGCUGGGGUUACAGUGCCAGCUAAACCAAUGGGACCUGGUUGCAAAGCAACUUGUAGGUAUAAAUGUCAUUCUAAAGUUAGUCAAGAAGAGCGAGAAAUAGUUUAUCGCACUUACAGAAAAAAAGUAACAGGUGAUCAAGCCAGGUGGUCAUAUGUAACUAAGCAUGUUAAAAAAGACAAUAAGAAAGAAAAUGCUGAAAGUGACACACCAUCUCGAAGAGCCUUCACCUAUACAUACCAUUUGCCAGUCCGAGGUCAAUCCGUCAGAGUUUGUAAGACCAUGUUUUUGAGUACUCAUCGUAUGGCUAACUCAGUUGUCUUGACAGCAUUUAAAAAGGCAGGUCCUGAUGGAACUCCAUCUCCUUCCAAACAAGGAAAGCAUUCAAAGAGGGGAAAUGCUACAAAGCCUGAGGUGAAAGAAAGUGUGAGGGAGCACAUAAGAAUGUUUCCAAAAGUGGAGUCACAUUAUAUUAGAAAAGACUCAACAAAGGAAUAUGUUGAGGAAGGCUGGACUGUGGCAAAAAUGCAUCGUGCAUAUUUGAAAUGGAUGGAGGGGAAAAAAAAUAUUGAGGCUGCAGAUAACAAUGAAGAACCCACAGAACCAAUCCCUGUUGAUGCUUUAUCUGAUGUAACAUCGGAAGGAGAUCUCAUGGAUGAUGAAGAUUACAACCCUGCCGAGGAAGUUGAAGAAGAAAAUGAGGAAGCUGUUCCUGAAAUAAAAGUAAAAGAUCCCAACAUAGCUCAUUACAGACUUUAUCUUGAAAUUUUCAAUACAGAAUUUAAUAUAGAAGUGCAUAAGCCAAAAAAAGAUCAGUGUGAAUUGUGCUGCCAGCAUAGAGAUGGCUCAGUUGACGUAAAACUUCAACUACAAGAAGAAUAUGAUCAACAUUUGACUCUCAAGAAAGAGCUUCGGAGACGGAAAGAAGAAGACCGAUUGGCCACAAAGGACAAUGCUGAAUUGGCAUUUGUCUGCUUUGACUUGCAGAAAGUAUUAUAUGUACCUCAAGGAUACUCAUCAGGAUUUUACUACCACUCUAAGCUUUCCACAUACGAUUUCACAGUAUUUGAAACAAGAGGGCUUACCCUUCACAAAGGGUAUUGCUUCACAUGGAGAGAAGGCAUCUGUAUGAAAGGCAGCAAUGAGAUAGCAAGCUGCCUUCUGCGCUAUUUUAGGAUUGCUGUGUUGGAGGGAGUGAAGGAAUUCAAGAUGUACUGUGAUAACUGUACUGGGCAAAACAAGAAUAGACAGAUCUUUGCCCUUCUAGUCUAUGCAUCAAGUAUUUUCAAGAUUAAAAUAACUCUCACAUAUUUGCUGAAAGGUCACACUCAAAAUGAAGGCGACAACAUGCAUGCUAAUAUUGAGACUGCCAGCAGAGGAAAAAAAUUACUGGUGCCCAGCCACUGGCACAAAGUUAUGAGAGCUGCUAUUAUAAAAAAAGAAGAUAAGUACAAAAUAAUGAAGGUGAAUCAGACAAAUGUGUUUGAUUUCAAAAAAUUGGUGGCAAAGCAAAAUUGGGACACCGACACAGAUGGAAAUGCUGUUCGGUUCAUGGACAUACGGGAAGUAUGUGUUGAAGAUGGUCUUAACUUGGUAAUUAAGUAUGACCUCAACGAGCCACCAGUGACUUUAAAUGUGAACCAAAGAAAGGGACGCCCCUUGAUAGCGAAGAACUAUGUGUUCUCACAGGCAUAUAAUGGAUUAUUGCCUAUAACAGCAUCUACUAGGAACGGACUGACAAAAAUGUGUAACACCAAUGUUAUUCCUUUAAAAUACCAAGGGUUUUACAGGAAGAUAUUGGCAGAACACCCUCUUCCACCACCACCCAAGAAGAAGAAUUAAUUUUCCUAAUUUUUGGUCCCUUGUUGAGCUGCUCUGUGCAAUAAUUUUAAUGUGACAUUUUUGUUUAUGUCUUUAUCAGUAUUACCUGUUACUUUUAAUAGUGAUUUGCAACAUGU